GCAGUGUGUAAUAUUUUUUUAUUGUAUAUUAAUUAUGCCAAAAGUUCAUAUGUUAAAUGGCAUUCAAAUCAGUAAAACAAUAACAAAACAUGUGCAAUAAUCGAUAGCAGCACAAAAUGUCGUAAAAGACGAGUUCAAUGUAACACUAUUGAUAAACAAAAGUAUUGCUCUGCGUUGUCUGCAAAAAAUUCGUCAUCAGCUGGUCUCGAGUCAAGUCUCGGGUCUCUAGAGUGGACGUAAUUGCAUUUGCAGUUAAUUGUGUGACGUGCGCGAGAGAGCGAGCAACAACAACAAGAGCAACAGCAACAACAAUAACAAUAUAAAUAAAUAGAGAAAAACAAACUUUGCUGCCCAACAACGGGUUAAUAAGACAGAGUCACAGAGUCACAAACGUCGCCAUGGAGUCUGCGGACACACUCAUGGAGGAGCAGAAGCUCAUGGCCGAAGCAAAGUAUCGACAAUAUAUGACAAAUAUUGACAAAGCGCUGCGCAAUUUCGAAUACUCCAGCGAGUGGGCGGAUUUAAUAUCUGCCUUGGGCAAACUAAGCAAGGCUAUAUCAAGUAAUACACAGUACCAAGUCAUACCGCGACGACUGAAGAUUGCCAAGCGUUUGGCUCAGUGUAUGCAUCCCGCACUGCCCUCGGGAGUUCAUCUGAAGGCCCUUGAGACAUACUCGGUGAUAUUCAGCAAGACGGGGCCCGAGCGUCUCGCCCAAGAAUUCAUAUAUGGCGCUGGACUGUUUCCGCUGCUGGGCUAUGCGGCAAUGAAUGUGCGACCCGCACUGUUGACCCUCUAUGAGACAUACUUUGUGCCCCUGGGCGACAAGUUGAGGCCGGCCCUGAGCGGAUUUCUCAGUGGUGUGCUGCCUGGUUAUGACUGUGGCCUGGAUCAUUUUGAGCGGAUUAGUGCGCUGCUCAAGAAUGUCUGCUUGGCGGUUAAUCCGAUGCACUUCUACACGGUGCUCUGGGAAUCGGUGGCCAAUAAUGCGGCCAUACGCUUGCCAGCGAUUACCUUUCUGUUGGAGCACUUCAACAAGCGCCUGGACAUGCAGAAACAAAUCUAUAUAAUGGGUCACAAUCGGGAGAUAAUGAUGUCGGCGCUGUGCGCAUGUCUCAAUGAUUCUUUGAUUCUGGUGCAGCGCAAUACGUUGGAGUUUCUGUUGCUCGGAUUUCCUAUGCACACCAAGCUCCUGGAUGAGGAUCAGUUGGUGCUACUUGUGACAAACGGUCUGAAUACGAUUUUGAGGCGCGACAUGUCGCUGAAUAGACGACUCUUCUCCUGGCUGCUGGCCAGCGAGGUGACCAAGAAUUCGCCUACCUAUGACACGCUCUCGCUGGACUCGGCAUCCAUUGAUGGGCAGAAGGAGGUGGAACCGUAUUUUGUAACACAUUCCAGGCACAUACUCAUCCGUGCUUUGGUCAGCACACUGCGGCUCAGCUUGGAAUGCCAGCCCAUGGAUCUGAAGCCGUAUCGCAUAAUGCUGUCGCUGUUGGACAAGGCGGAGAUCGGCAGCGCCGUGCUGGACUUUGUGCUGCAUGACAUAAUACGCGCCAUGUACAUAUCCAGCAGCAACGCGGACGCGCUCAAGUCGGCCAACCUGCUCUUUGCCACCUUCGAUCCGGCCUACAUCUGGAGCUACAUGACCAACAUGUUUGAGCGCGCCUGCCAACAGGCGCCAACCUCCUCCCAGUCCAAUAGCGAUGGCAAAUUUGCCAGCAUCGUUGGUUCCGGUGAUCCGUGUGUGCUGGAAAUCUGUGUUCUCACCGAAUUCCUACUGGAGACCAUCUCACUGGAAAUGUAUACGGAAACGACACGCGUUUACUUGCCAAAAGUAUUCCUAGCCAUCACACAACUGCUCUCGCUGCACAUGGAACGCCUCAGAAGCGAUGAGAUCACCGCCGCUCUAAAGCUCUGCAUGAAGAUCGUCUCACGGGUGCAGCCAAUGAUAACAAGUCCAAUUAAGCUGAACAAGCUGAUUGAGCACAAUGUCUCCGGCUCGGAUGAGAAGAUUGUCAAUGCAACCGGCAACAACAACAAUGGCAACAGCAGCAACAUGAUGGAGUCUGCCACGCAGUCGAAUGCCUUGGAGAAAAGUAAAUCCGAUUCACGUCUCAAUCAGUUUGGGGAGCAUUCGCUGCAGAGCGGGGAACCCAAUGACGAGGAGCUCAUACGACGUUCGGCCUCCAAUCAAAGCGUAGUGCGACACAGUCCUAAGAAGAAGGCCAAAUCCUUUUCACGCCUCUCGGAACUAGACAAAGAUAUAAGCAACUCGGAUACGGGACAACAAUCCUCGUCGGAUCUUGACACGCCGCUCAGCAUUAAGAAGAUUAAAGCCAAGGCCAAGGCGCCCUUUAUACGCAGCAGUCCCAAGAAGACCAGACCCAAAGAUAUUGUACUGACGCCCAAUGCUGGCACGACAGGCGAUGUGCCCGACGAUGCUGGCGAGGAGCCGCCCCGAAGUGCACCACCCGAUCACUGCCAGGAGUUCCAGCUGGACGAUGAACAGGCCAAGGCACAGCAGCAACGAGGUUUCUCCAUUCUAGAGAAAUGUAUACGACAAUACGAGAUCUUCUUCGAAGUCUAUCUGGCCAGGCAGCUGCUCCAAAUCGAAACUGCCGCCAGCACCGUAGAUAUAAGUUCGAGCAGCGACAAGUGUGCGGUGAAGGUGCAACUGCAACGCACCUCGAGCCACAGCACAAGUCUGUUUAUGGUUGAGCAAGUUCUGGAGCAUCAAUGUCCAGUGCGUGAGUCACAAAUUGAACGUUUGUUCAGCCUGCUACGUGUGGACAUUGUGGCACGCUCCAAGCAGCUGCAACGUCUGCUCAAUCUCUCGCUGCCCACAGUUAGCGCCAGCGAGAUAAGCAGCGAUAGCGAUGCCUCGGAUGAGCCACAACAAAAGCUGCUCAUCGAUGGCCAAACCCAGCGCAGUGUCCAGCAGCUCUCGGAACUGCAGCUAAGCUCAGCUCUACGUACUGCAGUCAAACUGGCCGCCACGUUGCUGGUGGAGAUGUCAACGUUUCCCAAUUGCAACAAGCACAUUGUGCUGGAUAAAAGUGAACCGGAACUUCCCAAUUGGCUAAAGGUGCUCUGUCUGGUUGCCUGCUUUGCCCAGAGCGACAAGGAGCUGCAGGUGUCCGCCAUUACCACGCUCUUUGAUCUGAUCAGUUUACUGCGUUCCCAAAUCGAGCACACCACGAGUCCGGGCGUAACGUUUGUGGUGAUGCUGCCACUGCUGAAAUUUGGCCACGUUAACUACAUGGAGCAGCGGACACGUGUCUUCCAGCUGAUCAGUUCCAUACUGUGGGAUUAUCUGGGCAGUCCGGGUAUUGAUCCGUCACAGAUUGCGGCGCUGUUGCAUCAACUGCACAGUUGCCUGGAUAGUGGACUUGUGGAAUCGGUGAUUGGCAAUCGCAUGCAUGCCCAGCACUUGCUCCAGGCCCAAUCCCAGACUGCACUGGGAGCUGGGCACGCAUUGAGAAGCUUCCAGCUGGAACGUGUGACGGAUGCCCAGCUGCUCUGUCCGUCUGGCUGCAUGGAGCGACUGCGGGAGAGUCAGGCACGCAGCUACAAGAAGUUCGAGCUGCUGUGGCAUCUGGGCAGGGAGAAGCAGAUGUCGCGUGGCUUCGAGAAGACGCUGCUCAAGGUGCUCGACACUUUGGGGCUGCCACAUUACAUGUCCGAGCGCACGUUUGUGACCAAUUGGCUGCAGGCGUCGCUACUACGCGGAGAUUUGGCACGUUUAACCAAACCACUCUACAAGAUUCUACUCUCGGCCAGCUCAAAGCGUGUUGGCAUUGUCCACAUGCAGCAGCUUUAUCGCGAGGCCGUCGAGUUGGAGCAUGAUGAGACGCCGGCGUUUGAGCGUGAUGUCUAUGCGAUUAGCUCGGAGCAGGGCAAUGUCAAGUAUCAUCACAUGGAGGCGGCCAGCAGCAGUGGCACCAGCGUGGGCAGCGGCAAGAAGAAGAGCCCCAUCAGGCAUCUGCCCAAGAAGAUCUUUGGUGUCACCCUCAGCAAAUCCAAUAAAACAUCCAAUUUUGUCAGCGAUAAAACUCCUUUGGCAAGUGAAGCAUUGCAGGAUAUUAAUACGAUUGGAUUGAUUAUCAAUCCGCUGGAGAAUGCCCAUGAUUUCGAUGAUGAAACGGAUCUGGAAGAACCGCGCAUUGAGCUGGUGCACAGCACUGGCAAAGAUGCACCUCAGACGCCGCUAGAACAGAAAUUGGCCAGCGCCAUGGAUGAAAGUGAGCAGGCGCAAUCCCAGGCAGCAGUGGAGCCGGAACCCUCGCUGCAGUACGACCAGGACAUCACCGACAACUCGGACAGCAGCGACUUCGAGUCGGACUCGGACCAGCGUGAGACGAGCAUUGAAAAGGAGGACAGUCUCACGAUCAGUUCAAGUGCAGGAGGCGCUGGAGGUGCCAGUGAUGAUGUCAAGCGCUUUGUGGGCGACUGUGAGCGUGUCACGGAAGCGUUGACCCAGCACGAGCGGAUCAAGAGUCGCAAAAUGUAUCGUCUAACCAGGGAGAAGACGCCCGGCGACUCCAGUCUCAAUGAGCCCGAGGAGCAGCAGGCGGUGGACAAUGAGCACGCGUUGCCUGCAGAUGAGUAUUUCAACGAGGCGGCAAUACUACGACCACAGGACAAGAAACUGGCCAAGGAGCUGAGGAAGCGAAAGAAACUGUUGACGAGCAGCGAUAAGAAGCGUCUUAGCUGCAUUUCCAAGACAUCCACGGACAGCAAUCACAGCAAUCUGGCGGAGCAGCUGGAAGUGGAGACACACAGCGAGGAGGAGGAGGGAGAGACGGGCAAUGAGUCCAACAAUACCAUCAAUGUGGAGGACAAGCGACGUAAUCUUUGCUUGGAGACAAACAAACUGCAGCCGGAUUGGCAAAAGACGCUCGAGAAGAGCAAACAGAAUGUGGAAAUCUUGCGACAAAAUGCGGCAGCUGCCGCAGCAGUAGCAGCAGCAGAGGAGCAACUGAGCAUACGUUCGUCGACCAAGAGCAACAGCUCGUUGGGCUUGGGCAUUGGCAGCUCCAGGCAAACGGAUGCAGCGCAUCUCUAUCACAAUCAUCUGCUGCUCUAUCUGUCCAUCUAUGACACCAGACAAACGUUGUACGCUCUGCAGACGCUGAGGAACAUCAUCUGCUGUGACAAGCGGACGUUCCUCUGCCUGUCGAUAACCACAUCCUUCACGAGCGGCAGCCUGAAGCAGCUGCUCAUCCGUCAUCGCAAGAGCAUCUCCGGCAAGGGAUUUGCCGGCAGCGUGAGUAACUCGGAAUACGCUCAGGGUUAUCGUGGUUGCAUGCAUCUCGAGCUUCUGGUCACCCUGUUGUUGUUCUAUGCUCGCGGUUACUUCCAGCGCGAGUCCUUGGAUGCACAACGUCAGCAGCCGACGCUGCAGGAUGUGGUUAACAAUCGUCGCAUUCAAUUGGAGAGCAUUGAACUCCUAGCACUCAUCUGCACGGAGCUCAUUGAGAUUGUCAAGGGCAUGGGACGCGGCUUGGCCUGUUACAUUGCGGAUCUGCUGGCGCGGGCCAAGCUGCAGAAGGUGAUGCUGCACUGCCUCAACAGCUCCGUGUGCAACUAUGGACGCAAACCGAUGCAGAUGCAGGCGGGGAUGGGCAGCAGUUAUGCCGAGCAGGUGCUCAAUUUCAAUGAUCCCCAGGAUGAUCAGCUGCAUGCGGAUUGCUUUCAAUUGCAGCUGCUGCGUCUGCUGCUGUCCGUGAUACGACUGGAGCACGAGGUGCAUCAGCUGCGUCAGGACACGCCCAGCAAUGCCGCUGGCGAGGAUAGCAACGCCUCUGGGAAUGCGUCACCCACACGCCUGGCCGAAGGUGCCGCUGCCAAUGUCAAAUACCUUCCCAACUGUCUGAUCAGUCAACAGCCCAUGUUCCUGGCCGCCGUGCUCGGUGCACUGCAGCAGGAGAGGUUGCGCCACUUGCAUCGCAAUUGGACGGAUCUGGUGACCAGUUCCCUCAACUGCUUCAGCUUUGGCUCGCUGACCAACAUUGUCAUCAGUGUGGUGCAUCAAUUGUGCAAUAAUCUGGAUCGCUUGGCCAAGCUAACGUUGCCCCAGCAGCGUCACUUUCCUCCCGACUAUGUCAUCUCGCAGCUGGAGGCCUUGACCAUCCUCUGUCACUAUUGUCUCCUGGACAACACUCAGCAGACGGCGCUGUCGCAUCUGUUUAACCAGGCCUAUCCGCAGACAAGCUCGGCCGUUCAAAGCUCCAGCACUGGACAACUGCUCAAUAGCAUCGUGCACUCGUUUCUCUCGGCAACGGAGUCCACAUCCACAUCGUCGGCACCGAGGAAUCCACAGCUGCAGGCGGCACGCAAUGCGGUGCUAUCGCAUCUGCCGAGGAUCAUGACCAGCGUGGCGGCCAUUUGGGACAGUGAACUGGGUCAACUGCGUCCGGUGCGUCAGCAGCUGUUGGAGUUCCUUUCUCCAGUCUCACUGCAUCAUGGCUGCAACUUUCUGGCCGCGAUUGCCGUCACCUGGCAGCAACGGGGCUGCAACAACAGCUCCAACAACAACAGCUCGUCUUCCUCUGGAGUUGCGGAGCAAUUCCAACGCAACUCCACACUGCAGGCUUGCCCGGCACAGCUCAGUCUUGUCUCGCUGGUCUCCAGCAUCCGGGUAAUGCCCAUGGAUUCGUUUGUGCAGACACUGCAUCAGGUGGUCAAGUCACCGCCUCCCAUCCACAGGCCGCCGGCACAGCUGAGCAUUGAGGUGAGCGCUCUGGAGCUGUUCUAUUUCUAUAUGAGAUCAGCGCCGGCUCCACAGCUGGCGGAUGCUUGGUCGGCGCUCCUGGUGCUAAUACGGGAUGGUCUCAGCCUGACGCCGCCGGCACAAUUUGCGCUGUUGAUGCUGCUCAAUGAGUUCGUGCAGCGUUGUCCUCAAAUGCCUUUUCCGGACAAGAAGGAGGUGCGGGAACUGCACGAUGUCACGGCCAGAUUGGUGGAAUCACUGUCGAGCGUGGCCGGCGCCUGUCUGGAGCAAACGACCUGGCUGCGUCGCAAUCUGGCCGUCAAGGAGGACACCGAUGGCCAUGCCAAGGAUAACAGCUUGGGCGGCGGCAUUUCACAAUAUUCUCUGCAAGCACAAAGUGUUCUCGCCGGCAUUCUGUCCAAUCUGCUGGAUGUGGCGUACGGUUCGCAGGAGAAGGACAAAGUGGUGACCAUUGUGACCACAUUGCUGUACAACAUAACGCCGUAUCUGAAGAAUCACACGGCACGCAAUGUGCCCUUCUUCUACGCCUGCUCCGCUCUCCUGGCCAGCCUCAGUGGCUAUCAGUAUACGAGGAAGGCGUGGCGGAAGGAUAUGCUGGAUCUGUUGCUGGACAACGGCUUCUUUCAAAUGCACAUCUCGUGCUUGCCGUUUUGGCGCCAAAUCAUGGACAGCCUGAUGACAUAUGACAAUACCACAUUCCGGGAACUGAUGACCCGUGUCUCCCUCUCCCAGGCGGGCAGCAUCAGCAUCUUCGCCUCUCGCGACCAGGAGUACGAGCUGCGUGCCAUGCUCCUCAAGCGUCUGGCCUUCGUCAUCUACUGCAGCGAGUUCGAUCAGCACAACAAGUAUAUGCCAGACAUCCAGGAGCAAUUGGCCAACAGUUUGCGCCUUGUGCCCUUGGGUCCAUCGGUUCAAGCAGCCGUAUUCCUGUGCUUCCGCGUGCUUCUGCUGCGCAUGUCACCGGACCAUGUCACCUCAUUGUGGCCUAUCCUCAUAGCUGAAAUGGUGCAGGUCUUCUUGCAAAUGGAACAGGAGCUCAAGUCCGAAACUGAUGAGCGGAGUCAACAAACACGGCUGCUGUCGGGCAUCGAUGUCUCCUGGUCGUCAUCCAACUCGAACACCAGCAACGGCAUCAAUGCCCAGACGCCCAUGCAACAAUGGCGUUCCGUUCAGCUGGAGGCGUGCAAGUUACUGGAGUUGGGAUGUGUGUUGCCGGCCACUAAGCUGCCACAUUUCCAAAUGUAUCGCUGGGCCUUUGUGGGCACGGAGUUCGAUGUGCACGAGGAGGUGGUGCCGCUGUCCAAUGGCAGUGUUGAGAAUCUGGCCGCGUUGCCAAGUGCGCUUUAUGUGCCGCACGUGAGACGCGUCUCCCGGCUGAUGGACAUGAAAUACACCAGCCACUCGCCGUUGAUGCAACGUCCGCGUAAUCGUCACUUGAUGCUGAGUUUCCAGCAGCUGCAAUCGCUGCAUGAACUAUAUCCGUUCUUCUCCACGCUGGGCUUUAGUUGUCCGCAUUCGUGCAAUUAUGCGGAUGCGGAGCAGGAUGUGGCAAACUGUCUGCAGGAGAUUGAAGAUGUGCUGGCCCAAGAUUUUCUAGAAAAGCUGCCCAGCAUGACAACGCCCAGAUGAAAACUGGUCGCGGCCUAUAGGCAGACGCAGGCGCAAAUUCAGACCACAAGCCUGACACAGUUCGAGCUGGAAUUGAAUCUGGACGCCAACGGGCAGACGGCACGCAUUGUGGCUGCUGUCCAGGCGAAACUAGCCGAGACUAGCUUCACGCAGACAACCAAGAAGACAAACUUUCCAUUUUAUGUGUGAGAGAAUUCAUGCGUCAAGCGAUACGAUAGCUAUAAUCUUAGUUAGAAAAGUAAAAGUAUCUGUAUCUGUAUCUUAUUCUGUAUUAAUGUGUAAUGAACAUCGUUUUAACUGUUGCGUAUAUAAGUCAGAGUCAAAGUCCUAUGAAUUGUUUAGCUUAUUCUAGUAGCACCCUGUAUGUAUGUAUAUGUAUAUUUCAACUGUUGAUAGCUGCGCCGAAGUAAAUAAGAUGUUUAAACGACUAAUUGCAAUUCAAUA